AUGCUCCUACUUCGUAGAUUGCCUGGCCGUCACUUUCCCCCUGGGCUGCAGAGCUUUCACUCAGUGGUGGGUGAAACCCCUACAGUGGUCAAUGUAUCCUCAGAAGUAAACCCUUUACCCUAUGAACAACUACCUGGCAACUGGAGGAGAGGCUGGCAUUCACUGUACCGCUUCUGGAGGAAAGAUGGAUUCCAUAACAUCCAUCAUCACAUGAUGGAGAAUUAUCGACACUUUGGACCCAUAUACAGGGAAACCUUGGGCACAUAUGACAGUGUGUAUAUCCAGCUUCCAGAGGAUGCUGCUACCUUAUUCCAGGUGGAAGGCCCUCACCCGGAGCGCCUCAGAGUCCAGCCAUGGUUUGAAUAUCGCGAUUUUCGCAACAAGCGAUAUGGAGUUCUACUUAAGAGCGGGGAGGAGUGGCGCACUCAUCGACUGACUCUGAAUCGUGAGGUUCUAUCUGUUCCAGGGAUGAAUCGUUUUCUGCCCUUGCUGGACAGUGUUGGACAGGACUUUGUCAGCAGAGCUUUCACUCAGGUGGAGAGGAGUGGUCGCGGGAGAUGGACAGCUGACCUGACCAAUGAGCUCUUUCGAUUUGCUCUGGAGUCGGUUUGCUAUGUGCUGUAUGGUCAACGACUUGGUCUCCUGCAGGACUACAUUGACCCUGAAUCUCAGCGAUUUAUAGACUCGGUGACUCUCAUGUUUCACACCACCUCUCCGAUGCUGUACUUGCCCCCACGACUCCUGAGGAGCAUCAACUCUUCUAUAUGGACAGAUCACGUAAGCGCAUGGGAUGCCAUCUUCAGCCACGCCGAUCGGUGUAUACAGGGAAUAUACGGCUCUCUGAGGAAGCGCUCAAGUGAUGUAUAUGCUGGGGUCUUGCACAGUCUUCUCAUGCAGGAACAGUUACCUCUGGAGGAUAUUAAGGCCAGUGUGACAGAGCUAAUGGCUGGCGGUGUAGACACUACAUCGAUGACUUUACAGUGGGCUAUGUAUGAGCUGGCCCGUACCCCAGGUGUGCAAGAAAAGCUACGGUCAGAGGUUUUUGAGGCGAGGAAGAAUUCAGGGAAUGAUCUUGCAGCUUUGCUCCAGAACAUUCCAUUGGUGAAAGCUGCCAUAAAGGAAACACUCCGAUUGCAUCCCGUGGCCAUCACUCUGCAGCGAUACACUCAGCGGGACACAGUGAUCCAAAACUACAUGAUUCCACGAGGGACAUUGGUUCAAGUUGGACUUUAUGCAAUGGGUCGGAACCCAGACGUCUUCCCCUCUCCAGAGCGGUUCUUCCCUGAACGCUGGUUGGGACGUGUAUCCACACAUUUUAAGGGACUGGGAUUUGGUUUUGGGCCCCGACAGUGUUUAGGACGCAGGAUUGCAGAGAUGGAGAUGCAGCUCUUCCUUGUUCAUAUUCUGGAAAAUUUUAAGAUAGAGACAAAUCGCAUGACUGAAGUGGGGACAACAUUUAAUCUCAUUCUCUUCCCAUCAAAGCCCAUCCUUCUGACUCUACGACCUCUCAAGUAAAUGUUUGGUGGGGCAUAUUGCAGUGCACUUCAACACCUGAUGACUGCUGGUCUUAUCCUAACUGUGAUAUAGAAGAUACACCACUUUGAGAAUACUUUGCCUAAUCAUGCCAUGAAUCUGAAGAUAAUUAAAUGUAAGCACUACAAAAAAGACAUUUGUGCCACCUGUGGUCAAUGUGUGAAUUUAGGAACAGGUUCCAAAACUUUGUGUCCAAUAGAGGGAUCUGUUGCAAGUAAUAUGGACAAAGUAUGUUGUAUGUUGAACGCAUCAUAAGCACUGUAUGCUAAUGCAAUUUUAAUACCAAUAGUAAAAAGAAAAUCAGAUUAUAAAAUAAAAAUAAAAAUCUUUAAUCAAUAUGCUUUGCAAUAAAUUACAAUAAUUGUGUGCAUAACUAAGUCAUAUUACAUUAUGAAAAUACG